UUGUUAUUGUUUUAGCGCUAAACCGGACGAAAGCACAAAAGCCCGCGAGUGCUUAAACAGUUUAUUUGCGGAGACAGGUUUGAGCAGACUCUACUAUAAACCUGCCAGUUAAUCUUUAGCCGGUUAUCUAGCGGUGCAGAAGCCCGAGCUGAUCCUACAUGUACAUGCUGUUGGACUCCAGUAGCCGCCAGAGUGUAAAGCGAGUUGUGCAUUCUUUCAGUAACAGAAGGGAGUGAAUGCUAGAGAGUAAAGUAGGGCGCGUGCUGGAGCGUGUGUCACUCAGUAAUGCAGUGACUGACGGAGCUCCACUUCCGGCCUAAGUGCUGCACGUGCUGGAUGUAGAUGAUGCGGAUGCCCUGGCUCUUUACUGUGAUUAACCGAAGAAUCAUGAAACUUCUCGUCGCCCUCGGGCUCAUCGCAUACAUCGCCUCUGUCUGGGCAGCCUACACCAACAUGAGGUUGAUCCAGGAGCAUAGUGAACUGAAGAUUGAACAGAGGAUAGAUGAGGCUGUUGCACCUUUGAGAGACAAGAUUCGAGAUCUUGAGCUCAGCUUAACACAAAAGUAUCCUCCUGUGAAGUUUCUCUCUGAGAAGGAUCGGAAGAGGAUUUUGAUCACUGGUGGUGCAGGCUUUGUGGGCUCCCACCUGACUGAUAAACUGAUGAUGGAUGGCCAUGAGGUGACUGUGGUCGAUAACUUUUUUACUGGCCGCAAACGCAAUGUAGAGCACUGGAUUGGCCAUGAAAACUUUGAGCUUAUCAACCAUGAUGUAGUGGAGCCACUCUAUAUUGAAGUGGAUCAGAUCUAUCACUUGGCUUCUCCUGCAUCACCGCCCAAUUACAUGUAUAAUCCUAUCAAGACACUAAAAACCAACACUAUAGGCACUCUAAAUAUGCUUGGUCUGGCGAAGCGUGUAGGUGCUCGACUACUUCUUGCAUCCACAUCAGAGGUUUACGGAGAUCCGGAGGUACAUCCUCAGAAUGAAGACUACUGGGGGCACGUGAACCCAAUCGGACCGCGGGCUUGUUAUGAUGAAGGGAAACGUGUGGCUGAAACUAUGUGUUAUGCAUACAUGAAGCAGGAGGGGGUAGAGGUGCGAGUAGCACGCAUCUUCAACACGUUCGGAUCUCGUAUGCAUAUGAAUGAUGGGCGUGUGGUUAGUAACUUCAUCCUGCAGGCUCUACAGGGGGAGCCCCUGACGGUUUAUGGUUCUGGAUCCCAGACAAGAGCGUUUCAGUAUGUCAGUGAUCUUGUUAAUGGUCUGGUGGCCCUAAUGAAUAGUAAUGUCAGCAGCCCUGUUAACCUGGGAAACCCUGAGGAACAUACCAUAUUGGAAUUUGCUCAGAUGAUUAAAAGCCUGGUCGUGAGCCGCAGCCAUAUUCAGUUCCUUCCAGAAGCACAGGAUGACCCUCAGAGACGGCGGCCAGACAUCCGCAAAGCAAAAUUGCUGCUGAGCUGGGAACCUGUGGUGCCAUUGGAGGAGGGUCUAAACAAAACUAUCCAGUAUUUCAGCAAGGAACUGGAACAUCAAGCCAACAAUCAAUAUAUUCCCAAACCCAAGGCUGCUCGUAUGAAGAAAGGCAGACCGAGACACAACUAGAGAACAGGAUGUUUUUCUCAGGGAUGCUGGGACACGUCUCAUGUGCCCUCUAGCAGCCAUUUUACACGGAGGUAUUUUUCCCCCUUAAACCGGGUGAUUUUUAUUAUUUUUUCCCCUCCGUUUUUGGAAAGGAGCUUUAGCAAGAACUCUUCCUUUCGUGCUUGCUUUUCAAACUUGUGCCUCAGAAAAAGAGAGACAGAGAAAACCUAGACGCUAAUUACCACAUCUUGCACUUUGGAUUUUGUCAAUUGCCUAUUAUUUAAGAAAAUGGAAAAACUUCUCUCUGUGCUUUGUGCAUUUAUGCCAUGCAGUUUUGUUUGAUGUGAGGAUUUUUUACUGUAAUAUGUCUCUGUUUUCAUGUUGAGAUUUGGAUUAUGGAGCGUAAUGAUAUCCCCUUUAUUUAUCUUGAAUGUGCUGCAGUGGGACAUCCGGGCGCUAUUCUAAAAAAAAAAAAAAAAAAAACAUGUGAAACGUGUUUCUGCUUUUUUAAUGUAAUUUUGAGCCAAGUCUACUGUUGCCAUUGUCACACUUCGAAGAGAACCCUUAUGCUUUUUUCUGAUUUCAGGGGAAAAAAGGCUAUUUUAAUAAAAUAUUUACACUCUUCGUUA